CUCCUCCCUCUUCAUUCUUGAUUCUCGUUGAUUCCUUGGUGGAGGGCUGCCGGACAGCUGUCAGUCCCAUUGACGACGUCCCAACGGGGGACUCAGCUUUCAAAUUCUGUCCCUUCUACUUACUUCUUUUAAUGACACUGUCCAUCGUGCAUCCGAUCCGUCGGCAUUGAGCUUAAUUGUUCUGCAUCAUUACUUAUUUUCCGCCGCAUAUUUUACCUUAAUUCCCCGUGUUUAGUUAUUCAGCGAUCUCCGUGCGUCAUGUUAUCUCGUCUCGCGCGUCAGAAAAAUGCGUUGUCACAUCUCCGCCUGCCGCAUGGGCGCCGGGCGUCGCCAUCGCCCGCGGCCUUGCGGUUGUAUUCCAACUCUCAUCGAUCGUCCUCUCCGAUAAACACCUCGUCGACUCUGUCCCACGAACAUUCCCGUCGCCCGUCCUUCCAGUCGAACCGCAAUCUCGCGACGGCAGCCGAUCAGUCGGCAAUGGACCAAGGGCCCUACCAUUCCUUUGAUCAGCCCGACCGACUGGCUCCCCUCUUCCAAGCGCCACCGAGGGAGUUCGAUCCGUCGUCUUUGAUCAUCAUGGAUGAGCUACUCCAGACCAAACCCAAAAUGCUGAAGCGGAGCCGAGGACUCGGUGGCAAUGAGGACGAGAUGAUGGCGAACUUGGAUAUCUCGAUGAAAGUCGGCCGGUUUGACCGGGCAGCAUCUCUCAUCACGCGACUGGGAGAGCUCUACCCCGUUGGAUCGCCGGAAUACCUCGCCCUGCAUAAUCGCUAUCUGAAGGAGAUGGUGCAGCAUAUGAUCGUCACACGGCAGCGCGAUUUGGCCUUGCCGAUGCAGAGGUGGUUUGAGGUGGAUAUGCCUCGGGGCGGCUGCACGCCGGAUGCGACGACCUACGCCAUCAUGCUCCGCAUGGCUCUGCGCAUGCUCCACGGUGCGAAGAGAGACCGGACGGUGCGUCGGUACUGGGAUCUCGUUAAGAGAGCCGCUCUCGAGGAGGAGGUUUUGGCUGUUCCUAUUUUGUCAGAACUGGAGUUGGGUGAACUUUCUGAGAUCUGUGCUUCGGACCUUCAGCGCGUUGCCAUCGGCAGUAUUCAUUCGGGCCCAGUAUCAGAGACUCACGAGCCUUCCUUCGAUUCCGUCCCUGAAGUGAGGCCCGUGGAGCAGAAGGGCGUGGGACUCCUGUCACUGAAGGAAUCACUUGCGUCCUUCUCCGGCAGUACUGAGAUUGACUUCACCCCCAACCCGGCCUAUACCGACGCCGAGAACGAGGAAUUGUACAACCAGCUCAGACAGCGCCAGGUGGAGAGCGACUCGAUCCAAUCUGCCAUGCACCGUUGGCGCCAUGAAUACCAGGAGAGACAGAAGGCGGGCCUUGAUAUGACCGCCGGGGGGAAGAAACUCGGCUACAUCAUGAACCAGUGGCACUCCGGCCUCGUCUCCAAGCUGCACGAAGAGCUCAAGCUGGUGGAGGAGGCUGAGAACAACCCGAUCCGGACCAUGGCCCAGAAAGAGCGCUGUGACUACGGCGUCUAUCUGCGCUCUUUGGAUUCGGAGAGAAUUGCUGCCCUGACGAUUCUGGCGGUGAUGUCUGCCUUCAGCCGCGGCGGGAUGGAGAAAGGGCUGAAGUUGUCGGCAAUUGUCACAUCCAUUGGUAAAGACCUCCAAGACGAGUUGAUCGCGGAGAGAGCUCUGAAGAGCCAGUCCGGAGAUAACAACGAUGUACGGCGCGUGAAGGCCCUGAAGGAGAUCUUGGCCGGUCGAAAUCAGAAAGACGGUCGGCCGCGGUGGCAAGGCCUGGUCCAAAAAUACCAAAGCGAGGAUCCGACGGUCAUCUGGUCGCCGCGAGUCAAGGCUCGCAUCGGGGCUGUCCUGAUGACGUUGCUCUUCCAAUCGGCCAAAGCUCCGGUCGUCCAGGAGAACCCGGAAACGAAGAAGAACGAGGUCAUGAUGCAGCCCGCUUUCCAGCACGCCUACAAGAUUACCUGGGGCCGGCGCAUCGGGUACAUCCACCUGCAUUCGGAUAUUGUCAAGAUCGUCGCCAAGGAGCCCGCUGGAGAGCUCCUGGGCCGCCAUCUUCCCAUGCUCUGCAAGCCCAAGACGUGGGGCGGCCCCAGUGACGGAGGAUAUUUCCUCUAUCGAAGCACUAUCGUCCGCACCACGCCGGGCGAAACUCUGCAGCCCGCAUACGUGAAGGCGGCGCUGAAGGACAAUGGACUGGAGCAGAUCCGGGACGGCUUGGAUAUUCUUGGCCAGACCGGGUGGAGGAUCAACCGUGAAGUGUUUGACGUGAUGCUUGAAGCGUGGAACUCCGGCGAGGAUAUUGCCAAUCUGGCCCCGUUGGAACCCAGCUUGCCCUUGCCCGACAAGCCCGCCCCCGAAGAGGGUUACGAGGCCCAGCGCAAGUGGGACCACACCAUGCGCGACAUCGAAAACCGACGGACUGGUUUGCACUCUGUGCGAUGCUUCCAAAACUUUCAGAUGGAAGUGGCCCGGUCUUACCGGAAUGAGACCUUCUACCUCCCCCACAACAUGGACUUCCGUGGUCGUGCCUAUCCCCUCCCGCCGUAUCUGAACCAGAUGGGCGCGGAUAAUGCCCGCGGUCUCCUCCUGUUCGACCAGGCCAAGCCGCUUGGCACAACCGGCUUGAAGUGGCUGAAGAUCCAGAUUGCCAACUUGGCCGGAUUCGACAAGGCGAGCAUGUCGGAGCGGGAACAAUUUGCCAUGAACCAUCUGGACGACAUCCUUGAUUCGGCAAACAACGGACUUCACGGGAAACGCUGGUGGCUCAAGGCCGAGGAUCCCUGGCAGUGCUUGGCUGCGUGCUGCGAGCUGCGAAACGCCCUCCGGGAGGCGGAUCCCACGCAGUAUCUGUCGCGCUUGCCCAUCCACCAAGAUGGCUCGUGUAACGGAUUACAGCACUAUGCCGCGCUCGGCGGUGAUAAAGUCGGUGCCCAGCAGGUUAACCUGGAACCGUCGGACCGCCCGUCGGACGUGUAUACGGGUGUCGCAGAAUUCGUAAAGGAGGUGGUGGCGCGCGAAGCCGCCGAGGGAAACCCAACGGCGAAGCUCCUGGACGGCAGGAUUGCGCGCAAGAUCGUGAAGCAGACCGUCAUGACCAACGUCUACGGUGUGACCUUCAUGGGUGCCAUGAAGCAAGUGCGCAAGCAACUGAUUGAAUUCUACCCGGAUCUGUCCGCCGACGAAAAGAAGCAAGGAGCGCUCUACAUUGCCCGCAAGAUCUUCGAAGCCCUCGGGUCCAUGUUCCACGGGGCGCACGAGAUCCAGUACUGGCUCGGUGACUGCGCCAGCCGGAUCACGCAGUCUCUGACUCCGGAACAGAUCGAGGCCAUCGGCAAAGAGGCGCUUACCCCCGCCAAACCCGGGUCGAAGACUUCCAAGCCGAAAAACAACGCUCUGACCGACAAGUUCAAGUCGACCGUGAUCUGGACGACGCCUUUGGGCCUGCCUGUGGUGCAGCCCUAUCGCACCCGCAAAGUCCGUCGUAUCGCCACUACCCUCCAGGCCCUGAGCCUCGUGGACAUGGGAUCGGACGAUGCCGUCUCCCGGCGGAAGCAACUCCAGGCUUUCCCGCCCAACUUCAUCCACUCUCUCGACGCGACGCACAUGAUCAUGUCCGCCACCGCCUGCCAACGGGCCGGCCUCACCUUCUCCGCCGUGCACGACUCCUUCUGGACCCACGCGGGCGACGUCGACUCCAUGAACCACAUCCUUCGUGAAGCUUUCGUCCGCAUGCACUCCGACGACGUGAUCAAGCGACUCGCCGCCGAGUUCGAAGUGCGCUACGGCCAGAACCUCUUCCUGGCCAAGGUCCCCAAGGUCAGUCCCAUCGGACGCAAACUGGCCGCCAUGCGCAGCAAGAAAGGCGCCCCAUCAGGCAAACUCCAGGAACUCCUGCAGGAGCACAAGCGCCAGCAGCUCCUGAAGUCCGACGACCCAGAACUGCAGGCCCAGGGUCGCGCCAUGGUGACGCCCGCCAGCAUGUUCGAGGAAGCCGGCGGCACCGACAGCGACCUGUACAUCCCCAACUCCCUCGGCGAGACAGUCGUCGGCCACGUGCCGGAGAACCUCGCGCAAGCCGAGCGCAGACCCGCCGGCAUCGAGGCCGACUCGGAAGACCCCGCGCUCCAGUCUCUCCUCAGCGACCUCGGCGACACCACCCCCAAAGCCGACGCGCUGGAGGGCGUCUCCGAGGCGGAGGCCGACGAAGCCGACAUCGACGGACCGGACGGCGGCUCGAACAAGAAGAAGAGCGUCGUCACCCUCUGGCUCUGGCUCCCGCUGCGGUUCCGCGACGUGCCUCACAAGGGCGCGUGGGAUUUGACCCGUAUCCGGGACAGCAAGUAUUUCUUUUCUUAGUGUCUUAACUUUUUGUUCUCUCAUGGCCUUCUCUCAUUAUCUGAGAGGGAGUCACGCAUUGGGUCGGCGUUGGGUGAAUUCAACACAAAAAAGGUGGCUGGCAGGCAAGCAUGUACGAUUGAAGAAAGGGGUGUCCGGCUGUUAUCACUGUCUGAUGUUAUAGAUCAGACCCCUUCUUCUUUUUGUUUAUUUUUUUUUCUCUUUCUAUCGUUAUUUCCCCCCUCUGUGAUAUACACUUCUGGAUAUACUGGAUGGUGGACUUUCUCUGUAUUAUAUAGCAUGUUGAUAUUUCUCGCAGCGCACGAGUGAAGAUGGAUGGAUGUAUAUAUAUAUGUGUAUGUAUUUACAUAGAAGAAACUUAUUGAUGUAUCAAU